UAAACAAAGGAAUUUAUCAAUUACUUUGAAAGAGAGAGAUGGGGAGCACAUUAUUCAACAACAAAUUAAGAAUUGCUGCACUCUCCAAUCCCAACGGGCAAGCUCAAGGUUUCGUAUACAAGUUUACAGAUAUUGAUUACAAAAGUUAAUUGCACCUUAAGGGCGAGCAUGGAAGGGAACACCGCAAAUGUUACCCUCAUAGAUCACAUGUUUGACAGAAACAUUGAGUACUAAUCAUUUUCUUCCACAAUAAACACUUUGCUUCUCUUAAUUUCUCUAGCAAGAUGUUUAGUGUGAUUAGAAGAAAACUUAGGUACAUUUAUUCAAGAAUACUAUUUCUACUAUGGAAGCGUCCAAGGUCUAAAGUUGUUAUCAAAAGGUUUAGAAAAUUGAAUUGUAACAACAAAAAAACCAAAUCAUCAAAAAGCAACUCAAAUGGUGCUCAUCAUUUAGUGGAGUGUGAUUCAAGAAAGCCAAUAAGGAUUGCUACAUUCAAUGUUGCUAUGUUUUCAUUAGCACCAGCUAUUUCAGAAAAUGAUGAUUAUGUUAUGUAUAAUCAAAAGAAGAAAAAUUCUAAUUCUACAACAAGUGCUGAUUUUCCAAAGAGUAUAUUAAAACAAUCACCAUUGCAUUCUUCUAUGAAUCUUUCAAACUCAGAUACCAACAUUAUGCCAAGAUCAAAUUUGAAGCAGGUUUCAAUUAAUCUACCUGAUAAUGAAAUUUCAUUGGCAAAUAGUAAGAUUCUUGGUUCAAUAGAAGAUAUUGGAAGUGUUUCCUCUAGAAGGAAUCAAGUACCAGCAAGGUCUCCUGUUUGUUUUCCUUUCCUUAUGAAUAUGAAUAUGAAUUACUGUGAAGAGGUGAAUGAGAAAUUUAGUAGCAGUAGAAGCAUUUUGGAAGUUCUUAGAGAGAUUGAUGCUGAUGUGGUGGCACUGCAAGAUGUGAAAGCAGAGGAAGAGAAGUGUAUGAGGCCUCUUUCUGAUUUGGCUGCUGCUUUAGGGAUGAAAUAUGUUUUUGCUGAGAGUUGGGCUCCUGAAUAUGGAAAUGCUAUCUUAUCUAAAUGGCCUAUUAAGAAAUGGAAAGUUCAGAAGAUUGCAGAUGAUGAUGAUUUCAGGAAUGUUUUGAAGGCAACAAUUGAUGUACCAUGGGCAGGGGAAAUAAAUUUGCACUCAACUCAACUAGAUCAUUUAGAUGAAAAUUGGAGAAUGAAGCAAGUAAAUGCAAUAAUCCGUUCCAAUGACCCUCCUCACAUCUUAGCAGGAGGUCUCAAUUCUCUGUAUAGAGCAGAUUAUUCAUCACAAAGAUGGACAGACAUUGUCAAUUAUUAUGAGAAACUUGGAAAGCCAAGGCCAAUGACAGAAGUGAUGAACUUCAUGAAAUCAAAAGACUAUGAUGAUGCAAAGGAUUAUGCAGGAGAAUGUGAACCCAUUGUCAUCAUUGCCAAAGGCCAAAAUGUGCAGGGGACAUGCAAGUAUGGAACAAGGGUGGAUUAUAUUUUGGGUUCAUCAAAAUCACCAUACAAAUUUGUUCCAGGGUCAUACUCAGUAAUUUCUUCUAAAGGAACUUCUGAUCACCACAUUGUGAAGGUAGAUAUAAUGAAAGUAAAUACUUCAACUCAGAAUAAUGUAAUCAAACAAUGCAAGAAGCUGAAGAGGAAGGUUGUGAGAAUAACACCACCUUGUUCUACAGUAGGUGUAUGAGAAUUAACACCACCUCCUAAUCUACUUGUUCCAUAGAUUUUUUUUUUUUUUAUAAAGAUUAUAUAUAUAGAAACCAAUAUGGUAUAUUUGAUAUAAGUAAUAAUCAAGUGUAACAAUUCCUAGUGAUGCACCCUUGAUUGAAGCUAAUUCAGAAAUUGUUGUGGUGCUUUCAAAUCACAUAUAUGAAUAUUUUAUAUUGUAAUUCUUCUUUUAUUUUCUUGUA